ACACAUCCACCUGUCCAACUCCCGCCUGCAUCCUUUUUUUCGAUCUCACUCCUCCACUCUCUCCUCCACAACAUCCCAAACCCAGACCAACUAAACAGCAACCAUGAUGACCAAAUCAGCUUUCACAGCCAUUCUCCUUCUCGCCGCCUUGGCCAUCCUCUCCUCCACCUCCACGGUCGCUGCUCAGGAGACUCCCACCUCCGUCAGUGCCGUGACCACCACCAUCACUGUAGCUUCAUCCUCCUCGAGCUCCGCACCGACCUCGACCAUCACUGCGCCCGCCACAUCCUCGGCCCCCGGCAACGGCAGCAUUACCUCACUCCCUAACUUUUCGUCCCUGGCCACCCUGAUCUCGUCCUUGGCGUCCGCUCGAUCGGCCAACCCGGGCAACUCGCCCACGUCCAAGCCCUCGGGCAACAGUGCCGGAGGCGGAGCCUUCUUGAUGCACGAGUCCUCUCGCACUUCCGUCCUGACAGGACUGGCACUGGUCUUUGCCACGGCCCUGAUGGCCGCCGUUGGCACCCUUACCCUCUAAAAGAAACGGUUCAAUUGACAAAAUAAAAUAAUAGUAGUUAUAAUAAAAAAUAAAAAGUCUGCUGAACACUAUACGUA